GCAAAAGGUUUCACAGGUUAAAAAAAGUCCCGCAUAUGGUGUGUUUAGGGUUUCUAAUUUAGUUUUGAAGGCCUUCUGCAAUAGGUUUACAUAAAUGCAUGUUCAAAAUACAGUAGCACCGUUUAUUGUAAAACCUUUCAGACCUUUUUCAUUCACAAACUGCAAUAUUACAAACGAUGUGAACUGCGAUAUAUUUUAAAACAGACAAUACUUUGACCAUAAUCUCAGAUGAAUACAGGUAUAGCCUGGGAUGUUUAAUGAACAGUGUGUGGGAUGUUUGUUCAGUCUGUUUGAUGGCCAAUGGCAAACAGGGGGAGUGUUUGGGAUCCAGUUUUCUAAUUAGAUGCAUAUCUCUAUGUGCUCUAUGGGUUGUCCCUUUUUCUAUUCUUUCCUCGCACAUUAUGCACACAUACUCACCACCUGUGUGUUAACUCUGCACCUUUUGGUUUGACGCACACACACCAACACACUUCUCAGUCUGUAUAUCAGCAGGGUGGUGGAGGAAGUUCUGCUGUGGUAUUUAAAAGCAGCUCCUUUAGUAAACAUUCAGUCAGUCCGUCCUGCGAGAUGUCCUGCGUCUAGCAGCUAGAUAAAUGUUAUGAAUUCAGGUCCUGCUGAAUUGGUUUGACAGAAGGUUUGUUAUAUGUGCAAAGAGUAAUCGAGUAAAUGGAGUAAUUGAGGAAGACUUGCUGUGAAAGCAUGAGGAACUUCAAUGGGUCUUCUGUACAUCUGAAAACAGACCUCCUUAGUGCAAACAGGGUAAAACCUUGACAUUUAAUGGAAUGGCAGAUACUCCUCAGACAGGUAUCCCAGCAUUCUCCUCAUGGCUCGCUCAGAUUUCAGAUGCUUUUUCCAGUGGCUUCCGCCGCCUCGGCCAAAAUGAAACUGUCGACUCAGUGAAAGAUGAGAGUUCAGAGGUGAAUUUGAGGGUUGUUCAUGGAUCUGUAGUGGAUUCACAGGGCGACAAGUUUGAUUAUGCACUGUCUGCUGAACGUCUGACUCCCAUCAGCGAAGAGACAGAUGAACUGGAGAGCGGGAGGAGUCUGCUUACUUCUGAUACUGUGAAUAGUUACGGCGACGACGGAGAGAUCUCCAGCUCAUCGGACAGCGACGAUGAAUUAGCCAAGCAUUUUGAGAUCUCUGUUUCCCGCUCUCAAAGCUUCCGUUCAGGUGUCACAGAGAUUAACCCCCAGAAUGCACCAGGGCAGCAUCACAAAUUUAAUCGUCUGCUUUCUGACCAGGAAGAAGGAAGCACAGAGCCGUCUGACUGUGAAGAAGCCGAGAGAAAGAGUGUACAGAGUUUUCAAGACCCUCUCACAUCCAGGAGACGUGUAGGGUCUGAGCCGAGAGACCCUUUAUCCCAGAGUCCCCUUCCUGAGGGCCGGACCCCCACAGACCCGCUGUCUCUGAUGGCGGAGCAGAUCUCCGUGGGCUCCCAGGACACAGGGGACGGUCUGGAGGCUCUACCCAGAGAUGACGGCAGUCGCCUGGGCAGCGUAGGACGGCAAACCCCACAGAGGAGUCUGGCAAUGGACAACCAGGGUUAUGACAACAGUGACGUCACAGAAAGCUUCCCUACAUGGAGUCCUGAGCACGAUCAAUCUCUAUCUCACCCAUUGAGCUCUUCUCCUCGUGGCCAUAUUUCAGUAUGCGGUGACCUCAUAAUCGCCCUGGACUAUCGGGCUGAAACCCACCGGCUCCUGGUCACCGUGAUCAUGGCUCAAGGUAUCCCAGACAAGGCCCGCAGCGGCAUGGACUCCUGGCAGGUGCACGUGGUGCUGUUACCUGGCAAACGGCAGCGGCACAAAACGGCCGUCCAGAAGGGCUCCAUGCCAAUGUUUGAGGAGACCUUCAGGUUCUCACAUCUGGAGCCCGGAGAUUUACCUUCAUCUGCUCUCCGCUUCCGGCUGUACGCGCUGGGGAAGAUGAACAGAGAGAGGAUGAUGGGAGAGACGCUGUACAGACUGAGCCGACUCAAACACACAGGACGAUUCGAGACCACACUGGUGCUGGAGCCACGCAGUAAUCUUAAGACAGUAGACGCACAGACCUCUUUGAGCACUCAGACUGACAGUGCUUCCUCCAGUCUGUCUGUGUCUCACGCUGGAAAUCCAGAACUGCUGCUGGGUUUAUCCUACAACGCCACCACAGGACGACUUUCUGUGGAGAUCAUUAAAGGCAGCCACUUCCGUAACUUUGCAGUCAACAGACCUCCAGAUACAUUUGGUAAGCUCACUCUGUUGAACUCAAUGGGACAGGAGAUUUCCCGCUGUAAGACGUCGAUCCGUCGCAGCCAGCCCAAUCCUGUCUUCAAGGAGACGUUCGUCUUCCAGGUGGCGCUUUUCCAACUGUCUGACGUCACGUUAAUGGUCUCCAUUUACAAUCGGCGGAACAUGAAGCGUAAGGAGAUGAUAGGCUGGGUGGCUCUGGGCCAGAACAGCAGCGGUGAAGAGGAGCUUCUUCACUGGCAGGACAUGAAGGAGAGCGGAAACCAACAGGUCUGCCGCUGGCACACGCUGCUGGAUGCUUAGAGAGAAAUACAAUCACUCUUACCUCACUGCAUUCAGCUGGAUAUUCCUUUGGGAGGGAGAAGACGGCCAAGGCCAAAAAUACCCAGAUAAACCAGAGUGAGCAAGCAACUUUUUACAGCAUCAAACAAAGAUAAGGCAUGUAAUUGUGAAAGCACAUACAAACACCCACGUGACACUGUCUGAGAGCACUUAAUACAGCCUCUUAUCAAUGAUCUCAUAUCGUGACAUACUCUUUAAAACUUCAGCAGCAGCCAAUCAAAAUGCAUUACUGCUCCAGCCACGGUAAUUGUCGCCUAGCGAGUUCAUGAAUGGAGAAAUGUCUUUCUUCAGAUGAUGUUAAGCCUCAAGUUUUAAGACUCACAGCCACACCAAGGCCAUGUUUAGUGGAAAAUGUGCUCUUUCUUUCAUUCAUUCUACUGAUGACACGAAAGCUGUUACUUUUUAUUACAUUUCUAUUACAUUUUACAUCCGAAUAUGCUGCGAUUUGUAGUCAAGGACAGUGUUAUAAUAGAAGUUAGGUUUGGUAUAUAUCGGUAUUAAAAAGGGUGCACAAUUGAUCACCAUUCAUAUCAUAUUAUUAGACUGUACAAAAAAAUUGUCUUCCAUGAUAGCAAAAAAAAAGAUGUUGUGUCUCAGUUGCAAGUUUCAAUGACACGAUUAUUACUUCUCAUAAUAUCAAGCUCACAAUUUCCUACACUUUUUUGAAAUUUGGGACCUCAUGAGUUUAUAUUUGCAAACAUUUAGAAAGGAGAAUUAUGAGAAAUAUUCCUUUACAAAAAUCAGAAUUGUGAGAAAUAUUCCUCAGAAAAAGUCAGAAUUAUGAGAAAUAUUUCUCAGAAAAAGUCGGAAUUGUAAGAAAUAUUCCUCCGAAAAAGUCAGAAUUGUGAGAAAUAUUCCUCAAAAAGUCAGAAUUGUAAGAAAUAUUCCUCAGAAAAAGUCAGAAUUGUA